AUGAUUAAAAAUAGUUCUGGAAAUUAGAAGGGGGAGGUGCAGGGUAAUCGAACCCGGUACCUCUCGCACGCGAGAGCCCGAGAAAUCGAAUCAUCGAAAAAUUGCAAUUUUCUGUCUGUGUGUGUUAGUGGACAGGACAUACCUAGUUGAGAAGAUGAAGAUCGUUCGCAGGGAUUUUGUUCGUAAUGGACCCGGAAGCGUGAAGAUGGUUGCUGAGGACUCGGAUGAUCUCUGGUAUGCUUAUAACCUUAUUUCCACUGCCGAUAGUGUCAUGGCUGUCACUUUUAGAAAGGUUCAGAGAGAGGUACCUGGUGGGGGAAGAGACUCUGAACGUGUUAGACUGAAGCUCGAAGUACAAGUUGAGGAGGUGGACUAUGACAAAGACGCAUCUGUUCUACGCAUACGUGGGAAGAAUAUCCUGGAGAAUGAGCACGUAAAGAUUGGUGCAUUCCAUACUUUAGAGCUUGACCUGAAACGACCUUUUGUUUUGAGAAAGGUAAAUCUCCUCUUUUUGAUAGUCCUGUUCUGUUUCUACCUUAAAACUUCAUUUGUAAUUAGCAGUGUGUACAUGGGUUAUUUUCAGGCAUUUUGGGACUCAUUGGCUCUUGAUACACUCAAGCAAGCCUCAGAUCCCGCUGCCAGUGCUGAUCUAGCUGUAGUUCUAAUGCAAGAAGGACUUGGACAAAUCUUCCUUGUUGGCAGAAGCGUGACAAGUAGCCGUGCACGAAUAGAAACAUCAAUUCCUAGGAAGCAUGGGCCUGCCAUUGCUGGUUACGAGUCUGCAUUGAAGAAAUUCUUUGAGAAUGUUCUGCAGGCCUUUGUGAAACAUGUUGACUUCAGUGUCGUUCGCUGUGCAGUGAUCGCAAGUCCCGGCUUUACAAAAGACCAGUUUCAUCGUCACUUAUUAUUGGAAGCAGAGAGAAGACAGUUGAGAGCUAUAAUUGAGAACAAAUCGCGUAUAAUUCUGGUGCACACAAACUCUGGAUAUAGACAUAGCUUGGGAGAGGUUCUAAAUGCUCCCAACGUGAUGAAUAUGAUCAAAGAUACUAAAGCAGCAAAAGAGGUCAAAGCUCUAAACGAUUUCUUCACCAUGCUUUCAAAUGAUCCAGCUCGGGCAUGCUAUGGACCAAAACAUGUAGAAGUUGCUCAUGAACGAAUGGCAGUCCAAACACUUCUCAUCACAGAUGAGCUUUUCAGGAAUUCCGACGUUAAAACAAGGAAGAAGUAUGUGGAUUUGGUUGAGUCAGUGAAAGAUUCAGGAGGAGAGGCGUUUAUAUUUUCGUCGAUGCAUGUUUCAGGAGAACAGUUGGCACAGCUGACUGGAAUUGCAGCUCUUCUCAGGUUCCCUUUACCAGACCUCGAAGACAUCGAGAUGUAAUAUAUAUAUCUUCUUCGGGUGUAGAAAACAUACAAGAUCAUAUACGUCUCACUAUACUUAUUAGCAUCUCUUUAUAGUUUUCAAGAGAGAUUUGUAUUGUGGCCCAAAAGGCAAACUCUUACAUUAAGUUGGAUCAGUCGUUGCUGUUGUGCAGCGUUUGUGAAACAACGUACCUUGUUGAAUCUUGAGCCUUUGUGAUUUAUAAAACAUAUUUGUGGAGCACAUAACAUAUGAUGAUA